UCCUCCUUGUCUCUGCAGCUGCUGAAAAGUCUGAAGAGGCUGUCUGAGUUGCCCAUCACCGUUGACAUUCUUGUGGAAACGGGUGUUGGGAAGACUGUGAACAGCUUGAGGAAACACGAGCUGGUGGGAGACUUUGCGAAGAACCUCGUAGCCAGGUGGAAGAAGCUGGUGCCAGUGUCCCAGGAGGCAGACAGAAAUAACCUAGAUUCUGAAGACCGUGACUACGAGAGGAGCAGCUCAAGCAAAAGACAUCAGGAAUCCUCCCUCAGAGAGGAUGAGGAGCCUGAUGGGGAGUACUCGGAACCCUUCCAGCCGUCUUGCAGCCAGUCCUACAGCCCUGAUCACAGGGAAAAGAAGUCCAAAAGGUAUCCUAGGCCUGAGAGAGCCCAUCAGACUUAUGGCUAUAGCAGCCACGAGGGGAAAGGUUGGGGCAGAUCUUCCCCAGUGCUCUCUUCAGAUCAGGAGUACUCGGACUAUGGCCAAGCUGUGUCGCCUGAGCCAAGCGAGAGCCCUCAGGAUAUGGACACAGACCCAUAUGCCUCUGAGGAGCAGGAGGAGCCAACCGUAUUUCAUCGGAAGGCCAGUAAAGGCCACAGCUUUCAGGAGAAGCUGGGAAAAGGCCAGGAGAGGAACUCUGAGUUCUGCGACAAAGGGAACACGAGUAGAAGCAAAGAGCACAAGUCUUCUCACAAGAAGCAGCGACUUGACGGCAGAGGAGAGGACAGGACUGCUGCCUUCAGCCCAGAAAGAUUGCACAAGGCCUCCUUUAAAGAGCAGCUCCGAGAAGCCCCUGUGGCAGGGGGCAGCAAGGAGAAGCAGAAGGUGUCAGAGGGCACCAAGAAGGAGAAGAACCGAGAGAGUGGCAGCUCCAAGAAGGAGAAGCUGCACGUGGUGACGCACUCGGAGGAGCCUUUGGACAACCACGUUAAGAAGCAAAAGCAUCGAGACUCUGAAAAAAGCAAACUGGAAAAGCCCAAGCUGAGCCUGGAGACCUCUAACACAGAGCAGGAGAAACGGAAAGCUGAGAGCGGCUCAUCAAAUAAGAUCAAAGAAAAGGGGAUUUCUGGGAGCUUAAAAUCCUCAGAGGGGAAGCGCAAAGUCUCCGACACGGACAAAAAGUCCGUGGGCUUUUCCUCCAAUUCUGGGGAGGGGGAAGUGGAGGAUGAGUUUGAACAACCUACAAUGUCCUUUGAGUCGUACCUCAGCUACGACCAGCCCCAGAAAAAGAAAAAGAAAGUGGCCAAACCCUCUGUGUCAUCUGGGGAGAAGGACCGAGGGCACAGCAAACAGAACGGCUCCAAAGCCAGUACCAACAGCUCCAGCUCGAGCAGGAAGAGCCCCAGCCACAAGCGAACGAGUGAGAAAAAGGCAGAGAAGAAACCACCAGAGCCCCCUAAGCCAAAGAGGAUAAUUUUAGAUGUGGUACCAACGUUGCCAGACAUCCCACUGCCGCCGAUCCAGGCCAACUACCGCCCGCUCCCCUCACUCGAGUCCAUCCCCUGCUCCCAGACAAAAAGGAAAGCAGUGUCCUCACCAGUGGAAGAGAGCGAGGCAGGCUUCACGGGCCGCCGGCUGAAUUCAAAGAUGCAAGUGUACUCUGGCUCCAAGACUGCCUACCUCCCAAAGAUGAUGUCUCUGUACCAGCAGUGUAUCCGAGUCCUCAGUAACAACAUUGACUCCAUCUAUGAGGUGGGCGGGGUCCCCUUCUCGGUGCUGGAGCCGGUGCUGGAGCGCUGCACCCCCGAGCAGCUCUACCGCAUCGAGGAGUGCAACCAC